AUGCACAUGCAGAAGUCGCUGUCAAAGACCGAGCGCCGGCGUCCCACGGCGGGCGAAAGCGCCAGCGACUCGGACGUCAACGCGGCGACAGAGCGCGCGGACGACGAUCGCCAGUCGAGCGGUACGGCAACGGGGACGAAGCGCAAGACGGAGGAAAACGACAGAGGCGCGAAGACCGUCUCGAGGGAAAUGGGUCGAAAGAAGACAAAGGCGCUGCGAUCUGCUGCGAACGCGACGGAGCAGUGCGGGAAAACAGAGCCAGUGGGAGGUCCACCUGCGGCCCAUGCGGACGAGCGGGUGCUCCUGGCAGUCGAGACGCGUCACUUGGACUUUGCAGUGGCCAAGUGGAAGCAGCAGCAGACGCUGCGACGCGAGCGGUUGCAACUGAAGCGCGCAGAGAUUCAGUUCAAGGAGCGAGUCACGAAGCAGCAGCUGCAGAUGCAGGUGAUGGAGCUGCGCGCGAGACUCGUGAAGGCGCUGGAGGAGACUGGACAGUCGCCGGCUCAGGCCAAGAAAUAUUUGGCACUACUUGGGCAAAAGGAGGAAGGCGAGCGGAGGAUCGCGUGA